AUGGAUAUUUUCAACCGACUACAGAUUAAUAUUUCUUUUGUGGAAGCUAUGGAGUUGAUGCCAACCUAUGCAAAACUUAUGAAAGAGCUCCUGACAAAGAAAAGAAGAUUUUCUGAAGAAACAAUGGAGCUUGAAGCAGGCUGCAGUGCUAUAAUCCAGAAAUCAUUACCUCAAAAGUCCAAGGACCCUGGAAGUUUCACCAUUCCAGUCACAAUCGAGACAUUGCCAGUAGGUAAAGCAUUACUUGACUUGGGUGCUAGUAUAAAUUUAAUGCCUUUGUCCAUGCUAAAAAGAAUAUGGGAUUUGGAAGUAAGGCCUACACAGAUGACAUUACAGUUAGCUGAUAGAUCCAUGAAAUAUCCCUAUGGUGUGGCAGAGGAUGUCUUGGUUAAAGUUGAUAAAUUCAUGUUCCUAGUUGACUUUGUGGUGAUGGAUAUUGAGGAAGAUGUUGAAGUUCCUAUAAUACUGGGAAGACCUUUUAUGAAGACUGCUAAGGUCAUUAUUGAUGUUGAUGAUGGAAAACUAAAGGUCAGAGUGCAGGAUGAUGAAGUCAACUUUAAUGUUUUUGAAGCAAUCCAGCACCCUAAAGACAAACAACACUGUUUCAAAAUGAAUGUGGUAGAUGAAUUUUGUUUAUCAGCCAAGAAACAAUUGAAAAAGCAAGUCCAUUGA